CCGAAAUUGCCUUGCUUGUCAAUUAUGCCGGUUUUCAUUACUUAAAGCUCGUUUUCAUCACUUUGAGCUUUGCACUGUAGAAUCAUCGGUUGCUCUUGGUUUAUAAAACAUUGUAAUAUCUGUGCUUUUUUUCGGUAAAAAUGGACGUAACUGAUUGUUUACAUCUGUACUCAGUCUGAACCGGAGUCUGUAUACGACUGGACGUGAACAGGAUGCUCCAAGUAUCACUAGCAGGCUACUGCAGGAAGUUAGCCUGCUAGCCUAAUUAGCAUGCCAAGUCUGAUUAUGACUGUCAAUGUCCCCCUGUUAUGCUUUUACUUGUCUUAAACAACGUCUGUACAAUGGACCCCGAAGGAAUAGUGAUCCGCAUCAAAACGCCGGCUGGGGACAUGGAUUCCUCCGUCGACUAUCCAUCCCAGUUAAACUUCAAUGACUUACUGGUUGCUAUCAGAGAUGUCAUGCCUGAGGCCACUAUCACUGCCUUUGAAUAUGAAGAUGAGGUUGGUGAUAGAAUCACCGUAAGAAGUGAUGAAGAACUCAAAGCUAUGUUGUCAUAUUACUGUAACACAAUGAAUGAGCAACGGAUGAAUGGACUCUUCCCUGACCCUCUCCAGAUAUUUCCAAGAGCCGGCAAGACUCCAGGGAUCCGGAACAUACAUGGCCUGAAGGUGAACACCAGGCCCAGCCCCACCAAUGACUGUGCCCAUGCUGCUACAGAUACCAUGGCCAACAACAGCCUGAAGAAGUCAUCUGCUGAGCUGAAGAGGAUCUUGACAAAUGGACAGAUCAAUGCCCAGGAUAUCCACUAUCAAGAGCAACUUGGACAUGGAAAUGGAGGCACAGUGUACAAAGCAUGCCAUCUUCUUGGCAAGCGGGUUUUGGCAGUUAAGGUUAUCCCUCUGGAUAUCACAGUUGAGCUGCAAAAGCAGAUAAUGUCAGAGCUAGAGAUUCUCUAUAAGUGUGAUUCACCCUACAUCAUCACUUUCUACAGUGCCUUUUUUGUGGAGAACAGGAUAUCCAUAUGCACAGAAUUUAUGGAUGGUGGUUCUCUGGACGUGUACCGGAGGAUUCCAGAGCAUGUGCUGGGCAGGAUUGCAGUGGCAGUAGUGAAAGGCCUGACAUAUCUGUGGAGCCUGAAGAUACUUCACAGAGAUGUCAAGCCCUCCAAUAUGUUGGUGAACACCCGAGGACAAGUCAAGCUCUGCGACUUUGGUGUCAGCACACAGUUGGUGAAUUCUAUUGCCAAAACAUAUGUGGGAACUAAUGCUUACAUGGCGCCAGAAAGGAUAUCAGGGGAGCAGUAUGGUAUCCACGCGGAUGUCUGGAGUGUGGGAAUCUCUUUCAUGGAGUUGGCACUAGGCAUGUUCCCCUAUCCACAGAUUCAGAAAAACCAAGGAUCCUUAAUGCCUCUCCAGUUACUGCAAUGCAUCGUUGAUGAGGACCCUCCCGUCCUUCCCGUGGGCCAGUUCAGUGAGAAGUUCGUUCACUUCAUCACUCAAUGUAUGAGGCGGCACCCCAAAGAGAGGCCUGCUCCUAAUAACCUAAUGGAUCAUUCCUUCAUCAUGCAGUAUAAUGAUGGCAAUGCGGAGGUGGUGUCAAUGUGGGUUUGCCACUGUCUGGAGGAAAGGAGGGCACAGCAGGCCCAGGGACACAUGUGACCUCCCUUCAACUUUUGACCCUGACCCUUGAGAGCUCACCAAGGAUUUGAAGGUCAAUUAUGUCCAUAUGCACUGUACCACUGAAUUAAUGUGGACUGACAAAAAAAGUGGACACUUUUCAAUGGUUUAUGGUCUGUGAGGGAUUGGUAACCUCAAAGCACUCUUAAGCCAUGGCAGUGGAGACGUUGCAUCUUUGAUGCUGGGAUCAGAUGAGACGGUUAUUGGAAUAUUCUCUCGCUGCCCUCACUGUCAGACAGGAUUCAGCAUGUCCUUCCGAUGGCCUUCUCAAACCUGAAUUUGUCUCCAUAUUGUUUGGAGAUGCUCUGGGUGUGUGCGGUGCGUACUCCUGUCUGAUUUUGGCGAUAGCCCUGACUGAAAGGAUGUGUGUAAAGGAAUGACCUUAAAACAUGAAAUUGCUUUACAUGGGCAAACAAGUGUUUUCCCAGAUUACCCUGUUGCGCUUUAUCGUCCGCUGUCUCUCUCGUCAAUGUUUUUUCCUAUGUGUAACUGCCUUUCUCUGUGCCUGUUUUUCCAACGAUGUAUUUUAUUACCUCAUUUAAAAUUGCCACAGUUAUUUCUAGGA